AUGUCUGAUGGUGCCCCUAACAAGAUUAGCAUCCAAAUAAAUGACGGGAUCGAAUCGGUGCCUCCCAACAAACGAGACAGAAUAACGAAAACGAACUCUAUUGGAAAAACGGUAGAACAUGAGGACCCCAAAGAAGAAACACCACAGUAUGGACGAUGCUACAGCGAUGUGAGUGGCUAUUUACCCCCCGAGUCGUUUUCUCGCCUCGGGAGCAUAAGAGGCACAAAUGAGAAUCUCUACUGGAGUGGCAAAAGUGACAACGAUGUUGCUGGUCGAACGGCCUACCCAAAUGGCAAUGACGCGGAGAACCUGCCCUGUCAGCAGGGAAGCGAGAAUUUAAAAAUGCACAGCCUUGGCCUAGGACUCCGAAAUAGCAAUAAAAAGAGCUUUCCCAAAAAGGAGAUGAAAAAAGUCAUGGGAUAUAACUACUUUACAUAUAGACAACAACUGAUGAAGGCAGACGAUUCGAAGAUUUUAAAAAACAUCCCCUUGAGUAUAUUCGUGGGGACAUGGAACUGUGAAUAUUUUGACUUCUCCAAGGAGUACCAUAAUGAAAAGAAAAUGUGCACAUCUAACUACCUUAGCGAAAGCUGCAAUGAGGACAUGUACUCAUUAAAGGUAAGCGAUCGGUACUCGGCUAGAUCUGUGACCCCCUUCUUGAGAGUUAAUGCGCUGGGAAAUUAUAAUAACAUAGGAGGGUCUUCUACCGUGGAUACUUUUGCAACUGCUGAUGACAGGAAUGCAAACAACUCGUAUGAGGGUAUCUUCGAUGGUGAGCUAAAAACUUUUCAGGAAGGGGCAAAAGAAAAUCAAAGCAGCCCCCCCACUCUACGAGUCAUCCCAUGUGACCAUAUCGAAACGGUGAAAGUAUUACCCAGUAGUCUCAACGAGUUAGACAGUGUACAUCUCAGACAAGGGUACGAUUCAACGUCUGACAUGGGUAAUAAGGAAGAAGGCGAAAAUUUUUAUAAAGGUGGGAAAACCACCAGAGAGUGCAACAAUAAGCUGCGUAGAUCCCUCUGUGAUGUAGGCAUCAACCAUGAGAGAAUCAAAUUCAAAAGUGAACUCACACAAAGAACCACCAAUAGAAUCACAUGGAUUAAAAGAUUAUCACGACACGACAUUCCCAAGGAAGGGUCUCCUUCGAAUGAGUGCAACACUUAUUGUAUAUCCCCCAACCGGAAAAAGGUUGCUAGCAAAACGCCAACGUUGGGGAUCCCAAAGAGAGUGCAGUCAGGUGAUCCAGAAAGAGCACAGAUGGAUAAGUCAAGAAGAUCACAGAUAGAUAAACCAAGACGAGGGAAAAUAGAAAAGCUGAGACGAGGGGAUAAUAAAGAAACGGAGAAGAGCAACUAUAACCUUUCCCAAUUAGGGGGAAAUAAUUCGAAUCGGAGAUCAUCCAAAUCGAGAGAGAAGCAAAUAUUCUCUACUUGGAUUCAACCCCACCAUGACAUCUAUAUCAUAUGUCUACAGGAGUCCAUAUCUGAUAACAUCAUCGAGUGUUUAUCUCUCCACUUGAAGGAAAUAAAUCAAGAAACUUACAAAUUUUUGCCAUUGGCUGAUUGCAAGCUUUCUGGAUAUGGGGAUGGAGCUUUUCUUCAAAUGAAGUCAACCACGAUGGCUGCCUGGGUGAGGACAUCAAAGUUGUAUCCAAAUGGUCCCGUAAAAUUAUGUGCAUCGAAAUCUAUAGCCUUUAGCAAGAUAAAUAAUAGCAAAGGAUGCGUAUCAAUCCUUUUCAAUAUUUUUAAUCAGUUCAUUUUAUUUAUCGGAUGUCACAUGCCAGCAAAGGAUCAGGAGAUAAGACAAAAAUCCAGAGAAUUCAUUCUUACGAAAUUAAGUGAAUAUUUUAGUAACAAAAUUACUUCCAAUUUUAAAGACGUUUUUCAUCAUGUCAUUUGGAUGGGAGACUUCAAUUUUAGGGUUCAAGGGAUACGUCUAGACAAAGCUGUACAUUGCUUGCAGACAAACAAUUUGAAAGAGCUCCUAAAAUAUGAUGAAGGGAACUCUGCCUACUCGUAUGAUUUGUGCAUAAGCUUUCAGGAAUUACCCAUCUGCUUUCUUCCUACUUAUAAGAAAAAUGGAAACCGGCCCGUUAUCAACCGGGAUGAUGCCAACUGGGUGCAGAAGGAGUACAAGCUCGUCCACAACAUCAAGUGGUACAAGGGUGGCCGACAGGAGUCCCGCAUCCCCUCGUGGACAGACCGCAUCUUCAAAUGGUCGUGCGACAAAACCAGAAGCUGCCUCAUCUUCGUGCCCAACUCCUACCUGUCGCCACUACCGGAGGAGCAAAGUAUCCUCAUGGCCAGCGACCACAGCCCCGUGUCCUGCUGCUUCCAAAUGUACAUGAUGAAGAACGAAAGGGAAAUCCCCUUGACGAAGGUCACACUUACCAAGUCGACCGAGGGUUCUCUCGCCGAGUAUUCAUAA